AUGCUGACUGCCGUGCGGUGCGUGCUGUCUAAGCUGGCCUCGCCAUUGUGGCGCACUGUGGAGGUGGAAGAAGGAGAAGGCCUUUUCUCCGGGAAACCAGGUAAGUGCACGGAGAUCCGCCACCUGCGGGGCAGCGUGGUCACGCAGCUGUGCCUCGACUACGGCAUGAUAGACGGCGCGGUCUACUUCACCAGCGGAGAGGUGUUGGGCGGGAUGCCACUGAAAGAGGGGGACUUGGUGAACUGCAUAGCAGUACGAGAUGGUGCCCAAGGGGGAUGGAAGGCUUUACGGGUGGAGAAGAGUGCCGAUGCUUGGGAGGAUGGUGGGAAAUCCUCCAUUGAAGAUGACAAUAUGCAGCUGCGUCCUCUCAUUGGCACAGUCACAUCUUUUGAUGGAGAUGGGGGCUACAUAAACCAGACUACGUACUUCCUACGCUGCAGUCUAUGGGAAGGUUAUGAGCCGAUGAAAGGAGACUGGGUCCAAGCAAAAUAUUGUAUCAAUCCUACCAAGUGGACCACCCAGGCGCAUUCUGUGGUCCCUUUACGGUACCGCCGCCUAGACCAGGUGCAUGUGACCAGUCUGUAUGGUAAAAAAGGUGUAGUGGAGGACAGUGUGUUCUUCAGCCUGGACUCUCUGCUGCUGCCUGCCCACUACCAUCCUUUGCCAGGGCACCUGGUCAACCUCGUAAUGGUGGAGAGCAGUCAGUCCUUGUACAAUUGGCGGGCCCUGUGCCUGGCCCCAUGCACUCAGAGUGGGAAUGUUCUUGCUACACAGCUCCCACAGGCUGAACUCGAGAGUAUUUUGGAAAACAAAGGUGGGCUGGACGUGACGGACUAUGGCCGGUUUGUGGAUCUGAUGAUAGGCGACAAACAAGAGCUGGUGCUCUGGAUACAAAAUAAAGGUUCAGAGAUCCACAGGCUGAAGUGCUGUGACUUUGCUGGCUGGGACUCAGAGGAGCAGUUCACUCUGGUUACUGUCAAAGACUCCACACCACUGGGACAGAAACAACAGCCGUUGAGACAGGAGAGAGAUGUGACUAUUCCACCAGGAGAGAGGUUGUCUAUUGUAGUGGCCUGCCAAGCAAAGAACCUGGGAAGCUGUACUGAGCUGCUGCUGCUGCACUUCUCCUCUUUCACCAUCGGGCGGCGCCUUGAGGUCACAGUAGCCAGCAAUGAGGAGAACCUGCUGCAGCCCUCGGUGCCCUACAGUUCCAGAGAUGUACGUCUGGUCUCAACGAUGCCGACUACGAACGUGAUCACCGUCACUGCUCCUCCCCCCCCCUGUAGGUCUUUCAAGCGGCGGCUGCCGAACUUCAUAGCUAACUAUCCAUUGCCCCAGGCUCUCAGAGACUGUGUGGAGGCACAGCACGACGUGCUGGUAGCUCAGCCCUGCCUCGGAGAGGCGCUGUCACCGUCCAACAUGCAUUUGCGUUUCUCGGUCCUUCUCUGGCUGGAAGAGCUGCAUGCCGAGAAGGAGAUCAGAGAAUUCACCAUCAUCGGGGCCCUUCUCAGGAAAGGAGUGUCCUACCUGCACCUAGAGGUCCUUGGGUUGGCCGAAGGCAGACCGAGUCUCGGUAUAGGUGACAGAAUAGUUUUGAAGAAACCACAGAGGGACGGCGUGGUCGUGGAGUACCUGAGUUAUGUCGCAGAGAUCCAUGAUGAAAAUGUGAGUUUGAGAGUGAACUCCGAGUUUCAACGCAGCUACCUCGGAGAGCCACUUGAUGUUGAGUUCACUUAUAACAGAACCACCAUGAAACGGUGUCACAACGCACUUGACCAGACCAAACAGUUCGGGGAGAUUCUCUUCCCCUCUAUAUUGGCUGUUAAGAAGCCUCAAUGGACAGAGAAGUGGAUAGAGGAGCCAGACCAGGACAAAACAAUGGAGAACAUUGAGGUGAAAGAUGAAACGAUUAAAAUGCAUACGAUCACAUUGAGAACAUUAAUAACAAAUGUGUAAUCUCCUCUAGAUCGUAGUCAGCCAUCUAAACCCAUCCCCAGCAUAGGGCACUUCUUCAACGCGGACCUGAACCCCCCUCAGAGGGAGGCAGUGAAGAACAUCCUGGCAGGCGAGUGUCGGCCCCUUCCUUACGUGCUGUUUGGACCUCCAGGCACUGGCAAGACCAUCACCCUCAUCGAGGCCGUACUACAGCUGUACCACUUUCUGCCCAGCAGUCGGGUCCUCGUAUGUACUCCUUCCAACAGUGCUGCUGACCUCGUCUGCAUCCGCCUACAUGACAGUGGUUUCCUGCAUGCUGCAAGUUUGGCCCGCGUCAACGCAUCCUCUCGACAGGAAGAGUCCAUCCCAGAAGUGCUGAGACUUUACUCAAAGGCAGGAGAGGACAUCCGCCAUGCCUCUUUUCACAGGAUUGUGGUCAGCACCUGCUGCAGCGCUGGCAUGUUCCAUAACAUCGGACUACAAGUGGGACAUUUUACCCACGUGUUCCUGGAUGAAGCCGGCCAGGCCACAGAGCCAGAGUCCCUGAUCCCGAUGAGUUUUAUGUCUGAGAGAGAUGGACAGAUCGUGUUGGCCGGUGACCCCUGUCAGCUGGGUCCAAUCGUGAAGUCCAAGCUGGCCUCUGCCUUUGGCUUCGGGGUGUCUAUGUUGGAAAGGCUGAUGGCUAACUCGCUGUACUCCAGACAUGACUGGGGAUACAACCCUAAGCUGGUAACAAAGCUGAUCUACAAUUACCGUUCUCAUGAGGCCUUGCUCACGCUGCCCUCCAAGCUCUUCUACAAGAACGAACUGUGUUUUAAAGCACCUCGGGCCAUAGUGGAGACUCUCUGCAAGUGGAAAACUCUGCCCAAAAAAGACUUCCCACUCCUCUUCCAUGGCGUUAGGGGCACAGAAAUGAGGGAAGGUAACAACCCGUCAUGGUUCAACCCAGUGGAGGCUGUGCAGGUCAUGAUCUACUGCUGCCAGCUGGCAAAGAAGCUCUACAACCCGGUGGGCGCCUCUGACAUUGGCAUCAUCGCCCCCUACAGGAAACAAUGUGAGAAGAUUCGAGUGCUGCUGGCUAAGGUCGGCCUGUCUGACAUCAAAGUGGGCUCCGUGGAGGAGUUCCAAGGACAAGAGUUCCUGGUCAUCAUCAUGUCUACGGUGCGCUCAAAUGAAUCGGUCGAGAGUGAUGAUUUGCAGGCUGCGCUCGGCUUUCUGUCCAACCCCAAACGCUUCAACGUGGCCAUCACUCGUCCCAAAGCCCUCCUCCUGCUGGUGGGAAACCCCCACGUCCUCAUCAAGGAUCUUUGCUUCAGGGCUCUACUGCAGUACUGCUUCAUCAACGGGGCGUAUCUGGGCUGUGACCCCCCUCCCCUCCUCAGAGACUCUGAGAUCGCUGCAGAGCAGCAGAGGACCGCAUAGAGGACGACGACGUCACGGCAGCAUGUUCACUGAAUUUGUUUGAAAAUAUCUUUCU